CGUGUUUCCAGCCGCGGCGCCUGCGCCGUAGCAACCCCAGUCGUGCCCUUAGGACGCUUCUUGUGCUUUGACUCCGGCGGUCUUUGCUAGCCCAUUUGUGGUCGGUGUCCUGCGCAUACGCCUUGCGAGUGACGGCGCCAUGGGUCUGACUUCCCAUUCCAGCGUACGAGUUGAAUGGAUUGCAGCAGUCACCAUUGCUGCUGGGACAGCGGCUGUUGGUUACCUAGCUUACAAAAGAUUCUGUAUUAAAGAUCAUAGCAAUAAAGCAAUGGUAAACCUUCACAUCCAGAAAGACAACCCCAAGAUAGUACAUGCUUUUGACAUGGAGGAUCUGGGAGAUAAAGCUGUAUUCUGCCGUUGCUGGAGGUCCAAAAAGUUCCCAUUCUGUGAUGGUUCUCACACAAAACAUAACGAAGAGACUGGAGACAACGUGGGACCUCUGAUUGUCAAGAAAAAAGAAACUUAAAUGGACAGUUUUGAUGCUACAGACCAACUUGUCAUGAUGUUACCUGAUUGUUUAAUUAGAAUGACUACCACUUCUGUCUAAUUCACCUCCCCUGGGUUCUAGAUGUGGUAUAUUACAAUCUUCAGCUUUCACAUUCAUGGCAUUUGCCUUACUUGUUGAAACAUUGUGGUGCACAUUUGUUUAAACAAAAAAGGAAAACCAACCUUAUGGCCUGUGGGUUAUUUUGGUCUUGUAAGGAUCCGUUUCUUUAAAUUUAAAAUAAUGGUAUUAGACUAUAGUUGUGUCUUGGAGUUAAUGUAUUAAAUUAUUCUCAAAAUCAUGUA